AUGUCGGCCAUAUACAAUCUCGAGCCUCAACCCACAGGCAGCGUGAUCCUGCACACCACGCAGGGCGAUUUAGCCGUGGAGCUCUGGGCGAAGCAGACGCCUUUGACAUGUCGCAACUUCCUCCAGCUGGCCCUGGACGGCUAUUACGACAACACGAUCUUUCACCGACUGGUGCCCGGCUUCAUUCUGCAAGGCGGUGACCCCACAGGAACGGGUAGCGGCGGCGAAUCAAUAUACGAUGGCGGAGCGCUCAGCGGCGAGCUGGACCCGUGGCCAUUGGACCAGCGCCGUGGCCAGAAUGCAGGGCCGUCGGGCGUGGGUUUCAAGGACGAGUUCCAUUCGAGGCUCAAGUUCAACCGGCGCGGGCUCCUCGGCAUGGCGAACGAAGGCAGGCCCGACACGAACGGGAGCCAGUUCUUCUUCACGUUAGACAAGGCCGAGGAACUGACGAACAAGAACACGUUGUUCGGCAGAAUCGCCGGAGAUACGAUUUACAACCUCGCCAAGAUGGGAGAAGCGGAAGUGACCGCCGGCACGGAUCGACCGAUGUACCCCGUCAAAAUCACAAGCGUCGAGAUUCUGGUGAACCCCUUCGAGGACAUGCAGAAGCGUCAAAGGAUCGCGCACCAAGGCCCGAAGACGGUCGUCGUCGAACGGAAAAAGAAGAGGAAGGUCGGAGGGAAACAACUGCUGAGUUUCGGAGACGAGGAAGGGGAUGCGGAAAUCGUGACGCCCGCGCUUAAGAAGCCCAAGUUCGACACGAGGAUUGUGAUGGACGUGGAGGAUGGCGUCGCCCCCUCAAGGGAAGACAAGGAGCGGCAAAAGGCGGAAAGCAGGGAAAAGAAGACGAAGGAGGAAACAAAGAAUACCACAACAGGGUCUGCACCGCCGCCCUCUCCACCCGGGACCAACGGAAAGGAAGAGAAACGGCGUGAGCCUUCUCCGCAGCCGAGAGUAAAAGCCUCACGGCCGCCACGGGAGGAAGUGGAAUCGUCGCCGGAACCUGAAAGGGCGACACAAAAGAGCGCACUUGAACGGACGAAGGAGGAGAUUGCGGCUCUAAAGGCAUCGAUGCGGCGGGCGGGAGACGCGACAGCACCUGUCAGAGAGGAAAAGAAGAAGAGGAAUCCCCUCGAAGAAAUGAUCCCGGAGACGUCCAUACGGGGCCGGAAGCGGAGGACGGGAGGAGGGGGUCAUGCGCCGACGAAGGAGGACCUAUCGGCGCUCGAGCUACUAAAGGCGUUCCAGAGCAAACUGGAACAGGGGCCACCGGCGGAGAAGAAAGAGGACGAGAGACGGAGGACAACAGGAGAAAAAGAGAAGGGAGACGAAGAGGAAGAAGGGAGCAAGCAAAGGGAAGACCAAGGGGCGGGCGAGGAGGCCGAGCUCUGUGACCUGCACUUCAUUGCCGGCUGCCAGAGUUGCAAAGCGUGGGACCAGGCGGAGAAGGGGGAGGAGAGCGACGACGAGGGCUGGAUGUCGCACGCUCUCAGCUUCAAGGCGGAUAAGCUCGGCAAGGAUCUCAGCUAUCGGAAGAAGGCGGAGGAGGAGCUUAUGGUUAUCGAUCCCCGGGAGAAAGCCCGGACGUUGAAAGAGGAGAAGAGGGCGGGACGGGAGGCCCGGAUGGGCAACACGGGGCGGGAAUGGGACCAGGCUCGGAACGCGAAGAUGGCGAGUACGGCUGCGCUAGCAGGCCGAGGCGCAAAGUAG